AAAUUUAAGUUAAAAAAUAUCCUGUUGACAUAAAAUCACAACCGAAACAGGAAAUCUUACUAAUAUAGUAUAGUUAAAGUCAUAUUAAAAAAUCAGAAUUAAUACUCUGUACUCUAUCCCACGCAAUCUUUAACGCGAUUUCAAAACCGCGUUAUCAUUCGUCACUCCCCUAUAUAUAACAAACUACCUUCUUCUCCUCUCUCUCAGUUUUUCUCUCUCUCUGUUGCAAUGUCGAAGAGCGGAAGAUAUUGCUUAGGAUCGAUGGAAGACAUCCGAGCAGUAUUCCAGCGCUUCGACAAAAACGGAGACGGAAAAAUCUCCAUCGACGAGCUCAAAGACGUGAUCGGAGCUCUCAGUCCCACGGCGUCGCCGGAAGAAACGACGUUGAUGAUGAAGGAGUUCGAUCUCGACGGUAACGGAUACAUCGACAUGGACGAGUUCGUCGCUCUGUUCCAAAUCGAAGACGGUGGCGAUAUUCGAGAUCUGAAGGAAGCGUUUGAUCUGUACGAUUUGGAUGGUAACGGACGGAUCUCUGUGAACGAGCUUCACUCGGUGAUGAAGAAUCUCGGCGAGAAGUGUUCCCUUGAGGAUUGCAAGAGGAUCAUUAGCAAAGUUGAUGCUGACGGUGACGGUUGUGUUAACUUUGAAGAGUUUAAGAAGAUGAUGAUGAACGGCAGAGCUACUGCUUGACUUAACGGCGAGGAAUCGUUUCCUUUUUUUUUUGUAUAUAUUCAAUUUUUAGUUUUAGGUUUUAUCGAUUAAACUGGAUUAAUCUUUGUUUUUCCUUUGGUUUUUUAAUCUUAUGGAUUAAUUAGGGAUUUUAAUUUCUUAAUUGUAAGGUUUAAUCGAUUUUUUUAUUUUAAUAAUUAUUCAUUAGUUUGGUUUAAUUAUAAAGAUGGUUUGAUCA